GUGGGGCCGCCCCCGCCCGGGGCUGCCCGGCCCCCGUCAGCCCGCCGGGGCGCAGGCACGACCACUAGCACAGCGGUUGAUCACCAGUACAACUCUUCUCGUCUUUGACUGCUCUGCUGGCUUUUCUGGCUGAAGCUUGUGGUGUUGGAUGCAGCCUUGCAAUUAGGAAAGGAAAAAGAGUGUUACUGCUUCAUGCAACGGAGGACUCGUCCUAACCUACCGAAAGUGGCGAAGCAUUCGGAGCAGGCUGUCGAGAGGAGUUUCAGUUUUAGAGGUGUGUGGAGGCUGUUACCACUUACCUUAGAAUAUUCGAACUAGAUACCAGGGGCCAGUUCUCUCUUCAGGUUACUUCAAGAUGGCAGACCAGAGGCAACGUUCGCUCUCUACCUCUGGAGAAUCAUUAUACCACGUGCUGGGCUUGGACAAAAAUGCCACUUCAGAUGAUAUCAAAAAGUCAUACAGGAAACUGGCAUUGAAAUAUCAUCCUGAUAAAAACCCUGAUAAUCCGGAGGCAGCAGAAAAAUUUAAAGAGAUCAAUAAUGCACACGCAAUAUUGACCGAUGCCACAAAGCGAAACAUUUAUGAUAAGUAUGGUUCUCUGGGUCUGUAUGUAGCAGAGCAGUUUGGUGAAGAAAAUGUGAACACAUACUUUGUGCUAUCCAGCUGGUGGGCAAAGGCCUUGUUUGUGUUCUGCGGGCUCAUCACAGGCUGCUAUUGCUGUUGCUGUCUGUGCUGCUGCUGUAAUUGUUGCUGUGGGAAGUGUAAACCUAAACCUCCUGAAGGUGAAGAGCAGGAAUACUACGUCUCUCCAGAGGACUUGGAGGCACAGUUGCAGUCAGAUGAAAGGGAGGCCUCAGACGCACCUAUUGUGAUACAGCCAGCAUCAGCCACAGAGACAACCCAGCUCACAGCCGACUCUCACCCCAGCUACCACACUGAUGGAUUUAAUUAAGUUAAGGAAACACUGUAAUUAGAAUGGAUAAAAAAAAUUCAUGGCCAACUCAACACUAGAUUCAUGAACAUUAGAAGUAGAGAAUGGGGAGGGGGAAUAAUUCUGCCACAGUAAGAAGGCAGCUUUCCAACCUGCCGAAAAUAUUUUGUAAUCCCUUCAGCCUUUUGUCACCUUUCAGUGUCGUAUCUUGAUGAUACGUGAAGUGCUGUAGCAUGCAGUAUUUAAAGCAGUUUAGCUACGGUCUUAUUUGUUUCCUUUCUUUCCCCUCCCCCCGUUUUUUUUUAUAGCAUGUAUGGAGUUAUGUUAAAUGUCUGUGGUGUAAUGUAUUGAGUGGUCACAAUAUAAGUGUGAUGGAGACAUUCUGCAUUUUAAGCAGUGGUACUGGCCUAAAAAUGAGGUUUAAAAAGUUUCACAGAAGCCACCGUUCUUCCGUACAGCUGAGCUGUCGAAGACCUUUAAAAGUUCAUGAUUUUCAUUUGAGUGCAACAAACCAAUUCUUUUAUUCCUCCUUCUAUUCCUGCGUUGUUACCUAAGCAAGUUUACAAAGCCAAGAACCAAAAAAUGCCAGUCCUGCAGAGCUGGAGUUCUCUCUAAUGCUGGUUUUCAGCUUAAAUAAAUCUACCUUGAAAAAUAAAAAGGGAGAGUUUCCAGUCUUUGAACAGUAAAUUGAUGAACAGCUCUCUAUGUGUAAGGCGAUCCUCAGUGACAAUGUAACCACAAACAGUAGUUUGCCACAAAACCAACUGUGAAUGGGCUUAUUUGGUGGUGGCGGUGGGAUUUUAACUUCAAGCACAAUCCUGUUUUGGUUUGAGCUCAGUCCUUUUCCUGAAAUGCUGAAGACCAAAUAGUGCAGCUUUUUUUGAAUGCAUGAGAAUCUUAAAGUGAAACUGGUUAAUUGGUUUUCACUGGGCAAGUGAGUAAAAUGCAGGCAGUAGGCAACUGCAUAAAUGUUUAAAAAAAAAAAAAGUUUUUAAAAAAUUGUUCUAAUAAUUUGAGAUUUUAAUAGGCAAAUGGGGUAUUACGUGUCUUUUUUAAAGCUUUUAUAAUACACUAGCCCUUUAAUUUUCUCAUGAACAUCUUUGUGGAGUACUUAAAUGGAUUUUUGAGAACAAACCACCUUUCUUUGUGUUUAUAUUGUAUAAUUUGCACAUUGUCUUGCAUUUAGGUUUGUUUACACCAGUGUUUUUCUUUUCCUCAGAACAACUAUGGGGAAACCAUUGAAAGGUUUCCUGUACUAUUUUGAAACCAAAUCAUGUUUGAAUACUGCUCUAGAAACUGUGGUUUAUUGAGAUUUAACUGUUAAAAAAGCAUUUUAGGCAGCUGCCGAAUUGCUGGUACAUUUUGUUGUUAAUAAUCCUGCUUUCGAUGAUACAGAAUCAGGAUCUAGAAUGGCUACCAGAGAACCUACACUUGGCACUUUCAGCGGUUAAUUAUAGCCUCUUUAAUUUUGAUCUUUAUGGUUUUAUAUCACAAUGCCUCUACCGUCCUUUGUAUCCCCCGUCUCCCCUUUUCAUUUUUCACCUAUUUCUGUUGAGAGGCUAUUUACAGCCUUCCCCCUGCUGUUUGCUGCUCUUUUACAAGAUCCAGGUGUUACUUUUGAACGGGGUAAAGCACUGUCGGUCUGUAAGAAAACCACCAGAAAGGGAAGGGGACUCUCCUGCCAGAGAACCGUUCUGAAUAUAUUUUCACGCUAUCUUUGCAUGAGCCGAAAAGGACGGAGCACGUAAAAUCUGACGUGAAACCGUGUUAAACAUGCUGGGUAGAAGAAAAUGUUCUUAACGCAGUCUCAAUGCUAAGUGAGGGAUGUUUGCAAAGUCAGGCUUUCCUGUAGCUGUUGGUACAAGCACAUGCUGGUUGCCUGCAUGUGAGCUUGUUGCAAAUAAGCAUGCUUGUGAUACCACAUCGGGUCCCAGAAAUUCAAGAAGAGAUGUUACUUUUAAUUAACUGGCUAGAUUUCAGUAGCACACUUGUUAAGUCAUUUCUUCCUCGUCGAUAGUCCUUUGAGACCUGAAACUUGGUGGUUUACCGGAAGAUACUUUUAACUUUUUCUGUCUGGAAAAGUCUCUUGGGUGGCCUUGAGGACAGUCGUGUAUGAUUUGGCUUGAGGUCCUUACUUAAUUAAAGUCUUUGUUUGACCCCUUGGAAUGAAAAGCAAUUUUUUAGGCUUAAAAAAAUAACGUCCCAUUGGCUGUCCUUGUGGAUUUUGCCUGAAGCCUGUUCUUGAUGUUGAAUUGCACGCUGGAUUAUGCUUGAGUUAUCUGCAGGCUUUCUCCCCUAAAAACUCACUGGUUAAAAUUGCCCUUAUCUGUGCAAAUUAUGUUCUUGGUAAAAAAAAAAAAAUAAAGUGUUAGGGGGGUUUUUUUGGCUUUGUAAAUGAGCAUAGUUGGUCAGAGUGACUCAUUAGAAUGAGGAAAGGGCUGUUUCCCUUGUGCUGUAGUUUGUCAUACUCCGUGUCCCCGUGUUCAUCUAGAUGGGUGACACAGAGCCAGUUGUUUCGGUUGUUGCUCCACUGCGGAGCAGCUGUGACCCCCGAUGCUGGAGGCUGGUUGUCGGUGUUAAUUUGGAAUAAUACUCUUAUUUCUUAACCCCUCUGGGCUACUUCUACUGAACUAGAAAGGCUGGCGGGAGGUUGUGGCUCCGGGGAGGUGUGUAAUGCAGCUGGAGUUGCUCCGCAGGCUCCUGACAGCGGAACCGAAAUGUGGGCAGCAAAUGAGGAUUAGAGGCGAUACCGUUACCCGUGUUUCGCACUGCUUGGGAAAAGAUGACAUCCAGGAUAAAUUUGCUGGUUUAGUUCUUCGCUUAGCGAGGCAUGAGUUUGAGAGAGACUGCUUUCCUUUCAGCUGUGUCCGUGGGUGGUGUGUGAAUAGUAAAUUAGUCUGUAUGCUGUUACAUGCCAGAAUGAUGUUAGAUGCUCCAAGGGAAACUACUCUGAGAUCCCAGUUACAGAGAAUGACAGGAAAACACGUUUUUAGAUGAAUAUUCAUGGGUUUUGAAACUGUUUUAACUUUACCCGUGUUAUUCUGUAAUCUCUGAAUUUAAGAUUAUUGUGUAUUAAUGUAGUUCUUCUUGAACUAUAUAAGAAAGCUAUUUAAACAUUGCUUCUUUAAAACAAAACUUGUGUAAUUGGAAAAUAAGUAGGUUAAUGCCCACUUCUUUUCUGCUCUUGUAGGUAAGGUACAAGAGUAUCCUGGGCUCUAACAUGAGUUGCACUUCAAAAUGGCCAAGUUGAAUCCUAGUGAGUGCAAAGCUGUAUUGGAAAUAAUGAUUAAAAACCUGGUGCAGAAGAUCACCCAGCAGUUCUGAGCUUGGGCGGAUGGAGCUGCAGUGUCCCCGCCAGAACUGCAGUAGCAGUAGCGUUGCAGGCACUGCAGCCCGUUACCUGGCUUACAUGCAGAAUGUUUCCUUCCAAAAUUAAACCUGAGCGCUGUUGAUCUCUGUUGAGCGUGUUGCCAGAAUUCAAACUUGAGCUUUGCUUUUUUUUUUGUUUGUUUGUUUGUUUUGUAUCUUAAAAAGUUGUAUCAUCUUUUACAAGUUGCCUGAGACCUCCGUUUCAGUAGUUCAGCCACCUCCAUCUAGCUCAUCGAACCUCUUCAGCACCAACUUUCUUAGCACUUGUAGCUCCUCCUGACGAGGAGGAGUAUCUGAUCUGGAGAGCUUCCGCUGGCUGGUGUUAAGGACCACUGACUUUAUUCCCGAGCUGUGUUGCGUGGAGAGCCGUUCGUAGCUUAGGGUGAGUAGGGAAAGCUACUGCCUCGCUGCAGAGAGCGCUCAGGUACCAUCCCUCCUGGCCGCCGCAGAGCUGCUGGCGAAGGAGGUGGUGCUGGACCUGCGGUGCCCGUCCUCCCUGGGGAUGGGGAAAUCCCCAACGCACUGUAGUACAACCAGUUGUACGCUUCACUUGAAGUGAAUGAAGGGGCGUUGCACCCUUUAAAUGCCAGUUUCAUUUUGUUAGCGAUGUUUGUAGGAAAUCCUUUAAUAUUUAUCUGUAUAUAAAUUUGUUUAUGUAAACCUCAGUGGCGUCUGAUAGGGUGUCGAUUUCUGCUGAUUCCACGCAGUGAUGUUUUAGAGCCAUGUUACCUUUUCAGUCUUAUUUUUAGAUUUGUAAUAUUUUUAAACUGCUUUAGAUAUUAGUGCUCAUAGUGUUCUUAAAAUGUGAUGCUGUUUGAGGUUUGGGUGAGCACAGCCUGCAAUCUGAACAGAAACACCUGCUGAGGAGGAAGGCUCGAGCACGGUACCGAGAAAUACCGAGUCCUGCAGCGGUGCCGUGGUUGGGGGAGCACAGUUUUCAAACCCCUUCAUUUCAAAACCCUUCAAAACCAGGGCAGGAGCCUGACUGAAAAGAUAUUCCUGUCCCAUCUAUGAAGCGGUUGUGUCGUGUGGUAUAGAGGGACACCAGUGUGCUUUUGGGGGGGUUAUAUCGGAGCGUUUGUACCCUAUGCACUGCUUGAGAGAGGUACCCGCUUUUCUCAACUACUUUGUGCCCUUCGUCUGUCCGGUGCCCUUCGGUGUUCUUGACGUUUCCAGAUAAUUUAGGAAAUGCGUUUGUGCUGCAGGUUUUCCUACCCGAUGCAACUGGAUAUUGGCGUCAUGUUGAACAGGAGAUUCUUGCAAGGUGGUCAGGGAGGCUUUUGCAGCCCCCGCCUCGUGUUAAUAAUUCUGGAUGCUGUUUAAAUCCGCAUUAAUCUUAGAGCACUGAAACGUAACCCCCCCCCAGUACAAGUGUUUAUAGUGUAAGGUUGGUAUAAACUUAACAUGCUUAAUCAUUUGAUGCCGCUUCUCUGUAUUAUAGUGGAAAUCAUCUAGUUUGUAGUGUAUCAUUACACCAACAACUGCUUAAAAUAUCUUGAAAGAAAUGUAACUGAUAGCUAACAAGGUGGCAGGAAAUUUGUCAGUGUUCAAGUCCUGCAAGAACCGUGGUCUGCUCCACGUCCUGCGUUGGGAGGCUUACGUGCUAUCUGGGACUCGGCAAGACUGAAAUUCCCGUUUCCUUCCCAGAAGAUGCUUUCUUUACAAGAAGAAACUGUGUGAGGGAAGCCGUCUGUCUUUGACGUUUGCACAAGCCAAAUGCCAUAAAUCUGGAAGACAAAACCUUCAUUUGGAAAUCAAAUGCCAACGUUACAUGCACAGCUGAUUUUGUUGUUAAAAGGAUAGACGCUGGGAAUUUCUGGUGGUUUUUUAUAUAUAUAUGUACAUGUAUAGAGGAAGCUCUUAUAUAAAAUGGCCAUUCAUUCUCGA